GGCUAAGCUGUGUCCAUGGCGAAUCAGUCCCAGUGCCUGGACGAUGUCUCUUUCAGGAGUUUCCGCGGCUGGGAUCCCACCCCAGCCCCGGCCUAUAACGAGGCGCAGCGCCUGGCGCUGGAGGACCUUAUCGCCGGAGGCCGGCCGGCUUUUUACGCUUUCUUGCGCCGGGAGAAGAUGCGCUCCUUCCUUUCCGAUCCCGAGAUCCAGGCCAUUCUGCGCGCCGCCGUGCUGCCACUCGGGGCAGACGAAAGCGCCUCCGCUGCAGACCAAGCCCUGAACACCUCGCUGGACUGCUCCUCGCUUACGUACUUCCCGGUGCAGUCCGACGUAGAGCCGCCCGUACUGGAGCUGGGCUGGCCGUCCUUUGUUACGGGCUCUUUCCGAGGACUGACCCGCGUGGAGACGUACUUCCAGCCCAGCUUUGGAGAGACCAUCUACCCUUGCAAAGAGGCGGUGCGCAAGCAGAUCCGAUCAGCCAGAGAAGUUAUUGCUGUGGUUAUGGAUACCUUCACAGAUAUGGACAUCUUCAGUGACCUUCAAGAAGCAUGUAGGAAGAGGUUGGUUCCUGUGUAUAUACUUCUGGAUCAGAAUUUUCUCUGCCAUUUCUUGGAAAUGUGCAAAAACUUGGAAUUCUACCCCGAACAGGAAAACCUGAUGCGAGUCCGAACUAUUACUGGAAACACAUAUUAUACAAGAUCAGGAGCCAAGAUAAUUGGGAGUGUCCAUGAGAAGUUCAUGCUUGUUGAUGGUGUAAGAGUGAUGACAGGCUCUUACAGCUUCACUUGGACUGAUGGGAAGCUGAACAGCAGUAACUUAUUGCUACUCUCAGGCCAAAUAGUGGAACAUUUUGAUUUGGAGUUCCGAAUUCUUUAUGCACAAUCUAAGCCUCUUAACUCAAAGCUGCCUCAAGACUGCAGGACUAGUGUUUGCCAUGAGCAUCUAGUCAACAAACUAACACCUUGCAAAGAUUUCACUGUGAGUAACCUUCUGAGAGCUGAGUUUGCUAGGCUCUCAAGCACCCCCAAGAAGCUUGAAAGAGAAAUAGAACAGGUUAAAGAGCUCCAAGGGGGGCGAAUGAGUGCUAAACGGCCACACCUUAGUGUUGAAGAGGAAUGGCACAUUGGUCCUGAGAUCCUAACGAAACCUAAGGAAACAAUCAGCCAAUGCACUCAGACUGAAACUUUAGAUGAGAAGCGUGCAACAACACUCUUAAAUUGUGCCACACAAACUACUAUUCCCAUGGUGUCAGCCACCACCCAGACCACUUCUCGAUCUAGAAUGGUGGGCACUCAGACAACAGUUGUAUUCAAGACUUCCAUGACACAGACUGACAAAAGAGAUAAUGUGGAAGUAGCUCUGGCUCAGAGAAUACCUGAUCAGAGGAUUCCUGAUCAAAGAAUGUCCUCUAAAGAAGGGUCUCCUAUUUCUAGAAAGUCUACCUCAACUUCUUCUAGUGCACGGUCACUUUCUUCAUUGUCCUCCCAGUGUUCUCGGGCAAGUUCUGCUGGUUCACUAACGUCCCUUAGGUCUAUUGACUAUACUGUCAAUCAUCGGGGAGAUUAUUUCCGCAAACUAAACAAGGAGAGGGAAUUUCACUACUCUGUUAUCCGAUCCAAGCUUAACCACAUGGUUUCCAUGCUCUCUAGGAGGGGAAAUGCGGCUGAAAAUUACAGAUGUUGCCAUCCAAUGAGGUGCAAUUUAAAACCUAGGCAACAGAUUAGUACAAGUCUAAUAAAUCUUAGAGACUUUGCACUGUAUACUUCAAAUGACUGCUUCUGAGAAAUGCAGAAGGGGAGAGCUUGUAUAUACAUAGUUGUUGGCAAGGGGAUGCUUUUCUUAUAACUGCCCACUUACUUUCUUUUGUGGUAUUACAAGACUUGCUCAACCUUGAUUGAGGCAUGGAGAAAACCUUGUAUGCAGAGGCAAUAGGUGGAUCUAGCUUAAGAGUACAAAAGAAGGCACUCUUAUUUAUUUUAUUCCAUAGGGAUUGUUUUGGGUACAGCAGUUGGAGGUACGCCUGGCUUUGUACUUGGGCCUGUUCAUUUUGUGGUACCUUAUGAAUAUUUGCGGGGGGGAGAGGGGGACUAAAUAUUUUUGUCAAUGCAGUUUUAAACUUUCAAAAGUGCCUACUAGCUUUUUUAACCAAGGGUAUGAUCUAAUCACAGCUAAACCACUGUUCAAGCCUUGUAAUAUUUCUCCCAGUAAGUAUGGCCUUAUCUUUAAUAAACAAAUGGCAAAUUUCUCACCUGUCUUUUGCUAAUCUUACUAUUACAGUUAGACGUAUUGUGUUAAUGAAUUUACAUUUUGAAAAUAAAAGCUUGCCAAAAAUAAACUUGUUUCCAAAAGUAUGCUAAGGCAUUGUAGAAUCCAAAUCUGGUCUCUUAUGAUUGUAUCUCUCUGAUAAUGUUUACAGUUUCAUU